AUGAAAAUGGUGCACAAGUGGUUUGCGUUGCAUAAAAUCCAAAGCACGGCGUUGGACUGGACCAGCAGAGAUGCCAUGAGGAUGCCUUUCUAUGGCGAGGACGAUGAGCGACUUGUCUGGCUCGAGAAAGAAUGCCUCAGUUACUUCAGUCCAUGGAAAGAAAGCUCGAGCUACAAGUUUGAAUUUCUUUCGAAUGAGACGUAUGAAGCGUUGCGAGUGACAACAAUGUCAACAACCCUUUGCACCAGGCACCUCCUCAGCACAGGCUUUAAGUUUGUGCUCACUGAAAGAUUCUCAAGUGAUGAUGUUGAGUCACUAUUCUCAUCCAUAAGACAGCUGAAUGGCUCAAAUGAUCAAACUGAUGCAUAUGCUGUCCUCUCGGCGCUCCAGAAAGUGCUAGUCACUGGAAUCAUUCACUCCUCUCCAUCCAGCAAUGUUGGGAGUGUUGUGGGACCAUUGGGCGAGGCUACAGUGCCUCCUCUUGUUCCUACAAAGGCCACUUCCGAUACUGACUUCAAAAAGCUCUUGCGUCCGCACCUGACGCUCCUGAAACGCUAUUCACAUCCUCCACAAAAAAGCCUCCGGUCCAGAACACUUGCUUUGAUCACUGGGUUUCUAGUUCGAGCAGUUCAAGACAACAUAGUGGGUGAAGAAUGCGUCAUGAAGCUUAAAUCACUGACGUUGAACUCGACAACAACUGUCAUAAUUGCAGACAUUGAUAGCGGUGGACUGUCGUACCCGAGCAUAGCAUUUGUUGGCUUUGUCAGCCUGCUUGAAUAUGCUGCCUCACGAGCGGUACCUUUGCUGAUCAAACGACCACAGCCACGGCAGAAGUUCACGUGUGCUGUGCUUCCAUCUGUCAUUAAGAACCCCCUGUUCAAAUGCGAAAGGAAUGACAGUGUAGCCCAUACAACUGCACUUGUUAAGCUUAUUCUCGUGAAGUUUCUGCGACCCUUUCGGGCAAAAUGUUCCAGCAAUGUAACCGAGACUCAUGCGAAAAGGAAGUUGCUGCACGCCAAGCCACAGUCACUAAAGGUGCUCAAGGUUUGA